AUGAUCGGACGUGUCAACUCGCCAGCCCUUUUCUCCACGAACGGGCCCGCCGGCGGGUCCAAUACUGUUUCUUCGUUCCACCAGGCUGUGGCACAUACGCCUUACGACGCUGUGCGCCAGGAUAUUCUAUCAAGGCCACUAUCGCCCUCUCUUUCCCUGACGCAUACAUCCGCAUCAGACACGAUGUUCAGCCGACUCACGGACUCGACGGGUGGUUUCGGCAACCGCAUGGACGACUUCACCGAGACGUGGACCAGCGUUUCAGACACGAUGACAUCCUCUUCAUCAAAUUGGUCGUCAGAUAUCCCGGACAACGAGGUCGAUGAUGUGGCGGAAGCUGAGCCUGAGCCGCCUGACGUCGUCCAGUCAUACCAAUUCCGCGGGGUGUACUUCGACAGCGUGCGGACGAUCGUAAGGCCAAAUCCGCGAUUCGCCGCGAACGCGAACAUAUACCCAGCGAUGGGGAUGGCAGAGUCCAGCGUGUCGCUCGCUACGGCAAUAGACUGGGCAGAAACUGCGGUGCCGUCUGGCGUCACCUCGAUGUCAGGCAGUUCAACUCCCGAACGGCCGUUGACGCCUCCAACUGCUAUGGAUGCUGUUGAAGCCGCGAGGCGGGCACAUCCUGGACCUGGAUACGCCUCUACCCUCUCCUUCCCCUCUCAUAACCUUUCCUCACCCAACAACGAAAUUCAAGGCGGAGGCAUUGCUCUGCACUUCGGCCAAUCGCGCCUGUACACCGCUGGUCUUGUCGCGGCUUACCUAAUUACUCCAGACCCACGGGUACUCAUCCGACGGGCUGUUCAGCGCGCGGCUUUGCUUCCGUCCACGCAGCACCCGAUCCUCAAUUGCGCCUUUGCGAUGGGCAUCGACGGUCCAAGCGCCGACAUGGAUGCUUCUGAGUGGGAGAUAGUGGCCCCCGAGUGGUGGAGGACCUCGUUUCGCUCUAUCUCAUGGGCGUUUCCACCGACGAGACGGCAACGUCCUCAAUCGCGGAUGCCAGUCUUCAAGCCCCUCAUCGCAGGAUCUGGGAGCUACGCAAGGCCCCCGCAUUAUCACGAUCUGCUGCAUAGGACCAGGCGGAGAGAAUUGGUGCAGCAGGUUACAGAGGAGGAGUUGGAGCCCAAUUCGGCGCUACCAGGUGUAAAGUGCGCUGAAGAGGCGAUCAGGCCGUACGAGAUCGACGUCGGAAUCCGGUCUUCUGUGGACACCCCGCGGGUGGACUACCGCCCAUUGUUUGCAGGCCUCAUCGAGGAGGAGGAGCUAGCGCUGGCACAGCAUCGAUGGAACGAGCAGGUGCAGGGUUUACUCGGUGGUGUCCUCAAGCCGGCGACCAUCUCAAUAGAGAUUCCGUCGUCACCAGGGCCCGACGCAAAGCUGUGGGACCCUCUCGACAGCCCAUCCAGCGUCCCUGACCUGGACACCGCCAACUCAGAGCUUUCAGUCGAAAGUGACCCGCUACCGACAACUCCACGAGGUAUGCACGCACAGAUCCCGGCAUCGAUCCUUACUGGCGAUGUCGCCUCUCCCCACCCCAGCAAGCCGCUGAAUGCCGCAGCGGUGUCUUUUAUCCCGUCGGCACCCACGCCCUCGCCACCCAAUUCACGGUCUCCUGACUCGGCCAUCCACUCACCAUCGCCGAUUCACGAGUUUGCAUUCCCCUCCCUGACCGCGGACAAUCCAGCGGCCUCGCCGGCGGCGCGCAAGCGUCUGCUACUUCAGAAGGACCCCGAGGGGUUCUACCACCCGGUCGAGGGGUCAGAGAGCCGGGUUGAUAGCCACUCGACCCAUUCAGUGACGCCCCGCCGGGCGUCUGCGGACCUACUCCCGGCUUUCCUUGCAGAUGGCGCGAACACGGCGCGGACGCGUAACCGCAUGCCCUCACGCACCCGCGAGAUGGUAGAUCGCGCCCGGUCAGGGCGUCUAAGCAAGAAAGCGGGUAGUAAGGGUAGCAAGGAUGCUACUGAUACGUUCCCCCCGCCUUCAGUGUCUCUCACGGCCAGCAAGCCAAAGGAGAAGCCGAAAGGGGAAACCUCGCGGACUGCUGCUGAAGGUGACGGCUGGAUUCGUGAUGUUGCGUCUGAUCCAUGCCGUACUGAGGAUGGUUGGAUUGCAGGGAAUCCUGUCAACCCCACUCAGGCGACCGCGAAUCCACCGCGCACGAACGGGCACAAACGUCAGCAGAAGCAGGGACACAAGCGCUCCACAAGCAGCACGUCGUCCUUGACUGGUUCGGCGUCGGGUUCAAGCGGGUCUUUCUCCCCCGUGACGCCGUUGUCGAAUUUCGGGACGCUACCACAGACCGCGCCGUCGUUUGCGCAAAUCCAAGCCGUCCCUUUCGCCGGACCGCCGCCGUACAUGCAAGCGCAGCUGGAGGCGCAGAUCGCCCAGAUCCAGGCGCAGCAGUGGCAGAUAUACGGGCGUGGCAUCGGCGCAACUGCGCUUGCACACUACGGCCCGCCAUGGGCGUACUUCCCCGCUGCUGCCACCGCGCCGCCGCCAUCGCUAUACAACGGGGCGAAGGGUGUCGGCAUGAUGGGUGUGCGGUGGUGA